AUGGCCGCUUGUUCCAGCUCUGGUUUGACCUCGUCUACAUCUGACCGUGACAUGCCGGGCUUACAUGUUCGGCCAUCACACAGCCAUCUUGAGCUAAAGGAGUGGAUGGCGCGAAUCCAGGAGUCGCUUCAAAGCGUGGAAGAUUCCGUGCUGAAACAAUCCGUGGCCACCGAAAGCCUUGCGAUUGGUGUGCAUGAGCUCCUGCAGUUUGGAUUUCGAGAAGGCUCUUUGCAAGAGGCAGUUCCAGAAGGCGGCAAGAUCGUUCGGCCUCUUCGUAUUGAGGUGCCGCAGGAUGCGCCGACACCUCUGCCUUGCAUCCCAUGUGACCUUCCAUGCGAACUCGGCCCAGUGCCCGAAAGGACCGAAGACAGCCUGGAUCAGGGGGAUGGGUUGACGUCCACCCUCGCAAAGGUGGUGUCUCGCAGGCGAAGCCGGCAUAGCAGCGGAGGGGAGGAGCGGGCAGAGGUCGAGAAAUUCCUGGCAUCUCGUGAUCCGCAGUCCACGCAAUAUGGCAUGAUGCACGAGCUGGAGGAACACAAUGCCUUCCGGCUCAUGCACGUGCGCCGGAAUGGGCGGGCCCACAGCCACAAGAAGCUGAAGAAGUCGAGCUCGCGAGGUCCCGAGGUGGCGUCCGAUCUAAACCCCGAUGAGCGGGAUCCGGAUCUGAGUCAGACGGAUGUGCCGGAGACUCCCAAGAAGAGGGCUCCCACCAUUACCAGCAGAGUCGGUGGAGAGGACAAGGAGGUUAUGCUGAGCAGAGUUCGCCGGGUAUCCUUAGAGGAUCUUCGCAACAACUACGAUGCAGUGGUCGUCCACAACUUCAACGGCAAAGUGCGGGACCCGACAAUAACCUUUGAGUUAGGGAAGACGUCGGCACUGAGCACUGUGGCUCGGCUGCUCCUCUGCGUGACUGGCAUUUUGCAAUUUCGGAUGGGGCCGCUCUGGCGACUCUUUUCCUGGUGCCUCAAUGUCUCGGUUUCUGUCUGCCUGUCAGCAUUCCUGAUCUACUACAACGUGUGGCACCCCAAUGCCGACAUCUCCUUCUCCACCGCACUCCUCGGCUUUAUCGCCUGCCUUUUUCUGGCCACUAUUGGUCUGAAGCGGGUGCAGAUUGGACGCCUACUGGGCCCGGAGGAGAGUUACUUGGACGACUACGCGGCCGAGGCGGGGUUCCUACAAGACUGGUGGAAGGUGUCCAGGAGACGCUUCUUCGAGGUCGGCGGGUUCUGGUUUACGAUGCUGGCGCUCAAGGCCCUUGCAAACUUUGUGGGCACGGGCAGCGUGCUGUCGACGAUGCUGGAUGUGCAAGACAUUGGGGUUGGCGUCGCUUUCUGGAUCAUGUCCUUCUACUAUGCCCUGAUGUGCUACACCCACUUGCAUAUUUGUUGUGGGCUCGAGUUGGCCGUGGACGGAUUCGGGCUUCGAUUUUUUAAGGAGAUGGAUGUCGAACAGGCGCUGGAAGAGUGGAGCCAAGUGCAGGCCAUCCUACGUCAGGCCUCCAGAAAGAUCAGCAACUCCCUACUGCUUCUGGGCAUGGCCUGCCUGGCCACUCUCGCCAUCCUUGCAGAGAAGGUCAUACAGGCGCCAGCUCACUUCAGCGAGAUCGGGGAUCUGCUGCAUUGGAUCCUCUGGUUCUAUCCGCUCAUCACACU